AUGUCGACUCUAACUCAUUCUGAAUGGGAUGAGAAGACGGGCGGUCUUGAAGUCGCGAAAGCUUUCGCCAAGCAAAUUCAUGGCAAGAAUGCCCUCUCGGUUGCCUCCCAAAAUCCAGCGCUCCUCAUCUUCGCCUCACGCACCAAGUCCAAACUAGAAGAGGUCGUGAAGAGCAUCCAGAAUGCCUAUCCAGACGUCAUAGUCAAAGUAGUCCUUCUUGACUUGAUGUCUCAAGAAUCUGUAAAGACUGCUGCAAAAGAAGCGUCGCAAUUGACGAGCCGCUUGGAUCUGAUCAUCAACAAUGCUGGUAUCAUGACAACGGCGCGUCAGACUACCAAAGAAGGCCUCGAAGGUCAAUUUGGCGCCAACCAUAUUGGCCACUUCCUCUUGACCAACCUGCUCAUGCCUCAGCUUCUGGCCUCAGCUUCCUCUUCAGAUGAAGGUAGCACCCGCGUCAUCAACCUCACUUCUGCUGGUCAUCGGUUGAGCCCCGUUCGAUUCUCUGAUUACAACUGGGAGAAGAGCAACGACGAGAUACCCGAAGAAGAGAGGCACGUGCAGCUUCCUCCGAAGUUUGCGAAGGGCGCAGAUGAUGGAUACAACGGGUGGCUGGCCUAUGGACAGGCGAAGACGGCGAACAUGCUAUUUUCAGUGGGCCUAAACGAGAAGUACAGAGGAAAGGGUGUGAGAAGUUAUGCUGUGCAUCCCGGAUCAAUCUGGACUGGUCUCAGUCGAAACCUGGACGCGGAUGGCGAGGCUGCGAUUCGUAGUGUAAGUCCGUUCUGGAAGAACCUUGAUCAGGGUGCUGCGACGGUACUGGUCGCGGCGCUAGACCCAGCAUUGGACGAAUCGAAGGGUAUCAUGCUGUCUGACUGUCAAAUGUGUGAUGCGAUGCCAUACGCGACUGAUCCUAAGUUGGCCGAUCGACUAUGGGCCUUGAGUGAGAAGCUGGUGCAGAACAGCUUCAAGUUGUGA